AUGACUUUUAGCAUCCGUGACCAGAUUGCACUCUGCAAAUUGGCACAAGAGCGCUGUAGGCUGGAGUGCGAUCUCUAUGGGAUGUGGGAUCCUUUGUGGAACCUGUUAGCCCUCAAAAUUAAGGAUGUUAAUGCUGGAAAACCGACAGUCACAGUAGGAGUCAUGUCCCAAUACCGUAUCGAGAAAAAUUAUGGGAAUGUGCGGCGCUAUAAGGUGCCUGACACAGUCGUGCUUGGGCUCGAUGACACGCCUCAGAAGGUUCUUCUAUUUUGGGCUGAGAUAAAGCCAUUAGAUUACUACGACUGGUUCACUCCUGAGGCAUAUGAUGCUGCAAGAGUACAGAUUGCGAACACGGUCAACCAAGUUAAUACCCAAGCCCAAUACAUCUGUGAGGAAUUCCAGAUUGAUCGUACAAGGCCCUUCACCAUUUAUGCAUUUAUAAUUGCGGGUCCAUAUUGGGUCCUUGUUGAUUACACCAACAACUCAUUGUCUCCUGAUUUUUUCACCACUGCACAUUCCCGCAGAAAUGGUCCAUAUAUACGUUCCCAAGUUCCAGUGCCAGUAGCUGAAGAUGCAGGCAUAGAGAUAGACGUUGGGGUGGAAGUUCCAGCCGAAGAAGAAGAUGCAGAGGAUGUUGUAACCGCUCCUGGGUUUCCCUAUGGGACUAAACCCCGAUGUUCAUUCAAGAUGAGAAGAUUGGGAGAUGAUGAUCGUGAUGAUAAUAGCGAGGGCGAUGAACUUGGUGAAGACAAUGAUGAUGAACUGGAUGAUCUCAAUGAGGAUGAGGGUGACGAAGAAGAAGAAGCAAAAUCUGAAGGCGAAAUGUUCAAUGGGGAGUUCUCCUUGGACCUUCCACUUCGACGGUACCAUAUCAAUCCUAUUUUAUUGAUGGCAUUGCGUCGAAUCAUGGGUAAUAACCAUGAUGCCUUCCGACAUCGAAUGCAGAAUGUCUCAUGGUUUGAUUGCAAUUAUGGAAGCUAA